AUGUGGACUUGAAUAUCAGUACAGAAAUAGUGUGUGAUUUGCUUUUAAAAUUUGUCAACAUGGAAUAAAUUAAUAAUAAUGGAAACAAGUUACGCCAAUUCCUUCGUGAUUACUAACAAUAGAUGAUAUGUUAAUAUAGAAUAUAAUGAAGUGUCCACGAUUGAAAACAAUUGCCAUAGUGGUAUUCUGUGCAUACUUGCUUUCGAUAAUGAUUGCAUUUUAUUUACUGCAUAAUUUGCACACUACACAAGAUAGCAAUUUUAAGAUACGACCUGAACAAGUGAUUCGCCACAUGAAAAGCCACAGAAGACCAGAACAACUUCGAAUAGGUCAUCCUUUAUUUGACAAUUGUAUGCAAAAUCAAGAUUACGAAGAACUUUUGUUGCGACCAUACCAUACGCUUGGAAAUGUAUAUGUUUACUCGGCCUUCUUCGAUAACCGCACUGGAAUACCACAUGUACGAAUGAUAUCAAUGAUCAAUGGUCGAGAUUUCAAACAGAACCUCAACCUUUCUUGUAAUUUUGCUUAUGGUGCAAAUAAAGACAAGUACUUUUCCGAACCGGUGAUAUUCUACGAAAUGUGUGAAAAUCACCAUUUUACCCAUGGUGGAUGGAUAUUAUCAUGCAAAAUACCAAUGAAUGAAUUGGAGAUUAUUCCUUGUAAAAUUUUCAUAAAAAAUAAUGACUUGUCACAUGGAAAUCAUCUAUCCACUAUGAUUCCAUUGUUAAAGACAAGUUCGUCUAAAAGAGAAAAAGAAAAAGAAGAUAUUGGAAAGUUUGGAGUUUGUAUUCCUCCGCUUUAUGGCGAUAUAAAACCAACUCAGUUUCUUAAAUUCAUAUCUCUAACAAAUGCACUCGGCAUAGAUCAUUUGAUAUUUUAUGUGUACAAUAUUUCUUCGAACUUAAAUUCCAUUUUAGAAUAUCUAGAGGACCGUAGUACCAUUACCAUAAUCCCGUGGGUACUUCCGGUUGAAAGCAAUCACGUUUGGUAUUAUGGCCAAUCCAUUGCCAUCAACGAUUGCUUAUAUCGAGGAAUGUUUUACUUCAAAUAUCUAGCCUUUACAGACUUAGACGAAUAUAUAGUUUCUCACAAUUCAGAGUACUCUUUACGUAAUUUGAUAGAACAGAAAAGAUCUUCGGAUGGACGAAUCGCAGCAUUCAGAUUCCGUAGUGCAAUCUUUAUCAGAAAUCCAGAAGCAAAAGGCAAUACUACUUUUGAUGUUCUCGAACACAAUUAUAGAACAGAAGGAACCAGUAAAAUUCGUAGUAAAUUGAUAGUUCAACCUUAUAAGAUAUUUGAAGUAGGGAUCCAUCAUGUCAGCAGGGCAUGGCCAGACAGUCAGAACUAUACUUCAUAUGAGAUAGAUCCGGAUGAUGCCAUUGUGCACCAUUACAGAACUUGUACAUCAACCCUUGAUCUUGCAUGCACUUCGUAUAUAACAGAUUCUACCAUUAGAGACUGGCAUAACUUUAAUUUCAUUACAAGGUACAACUCCCGUAUGAAAGAACUUAAAUCUGUUUUUAAUAUUACAGAUGAUACCUAACUGUAAUCGGUAGUAGUUUCUUAUAUUGUAGAUACCGAUAUAUUGCAUUUCAUCAAUAUCUGUCACACAAUGAAGUUUGUCUUGCAUUUUGUUUUAUUUUUUUUAACUUUGGAUUUAUUAACAACUUCAGGUAAAGUAAUUUUGAACUGACUUUAAAAGUUUGCGAAUAAAUUGGAAAUAUUGGUACAGCUUCGUGCGCCCUUGAGAA